UGAUUGAAAAUUUUAGCGGUAAAAUAUAUUAAAAAGCAUGAAUUAAAAAAACUAAUAAAAAAAUACUGCAUAAUUUAACAUAGUUAAAUGAGACCUGCCAGCAUAUUUAUAAUUUAGUUCAAAGUGAAAUAAAAUUGGCGAAUUACAGAAUAUAAUCGAAAAUGAGCUGGCAAAAUUCCAUUCGCACGAAAUGGAUGACAGUUUUUAUAACUUUUAUAGUUUCUACGAUAAGCGUACUUUAUAUAUUUAGAUCUACAGCUUUUGACAAUUAUUAUGCCAUAACUCAAAACAACUACUUUCAAGAAAAGAGAGGCAAAAAGGUGAUUGCUCCCCGCUUGUUCACUCACAGCGCUAAACAAGAGAAACGUCUUAAACACCUGCGUGAUUUCUGCAUCUCAAGUCAACACACUUAUGGUAUCAGCAGCUUAAUUCGUUUCUUACGUUCGUCCACAAGCAACAAAGCACAUUUCUAUGUCAGUCACAACAUGAAACUGGUGUACUGCAGUGUACCGAAAAUCGCAAGCACCAACUGGAAACGGUUGCUGAUAAUGUUCGAGCAAGCAACGAAUGCUUCGUCAGUUAACUCAGUUGAAAAGAACAACGUACACGCAUUACCACAAGUGAGAUUGUUCAACAUGAUCAGUAAGGAAGGGAUCAAACAGACUCUAUUUCAUUAUUACAAAUUUCUGUUUGUCCGACAUCCAUUCGAAAGGUUGGUGUCAGCUUAUCGAAACAAAUUUGAAGAAAAUAAUAAAUUUUUCCAUAAAACUUAUGGAUCACAAAUACUACGUUUAUAUCGAGCUAACCUUACUGAGAAACAAUACAGAAGAGGGAACGGCGUCAAAUUUGAAGAGUUUAUUCUCUGGAUUCUACAAAAGCGAGUGUUUGAUGGACAUUGGUCUCCGAUCGAGUCUAUAUGCCACCCGUGUGUGUUACCAUACGACUUCAUAGGUAAGAUGGAAAGUCUAGUUGCAGACUCGGAACAAAUUUUAAAAGAUCUAGGAAGCCAAGAACACUUUCCAGCGCACUUAACUGACAAGCACAAAACAUCUUUGACAUCAAAACAAUUAAUUCAAAAACACUUCUCAGAAUUAAGUGAAGAAACGAUCCGUCAAUUAUAUAAAAGAUAUAAAGUCGAUUUUGAAGCGUUUGAUUACAAACUACCGAACAUUACUUGUAAGAACGGAUGAAAAGACCAGAUAUAAGAUAGAUCACAUUACGUCAGAUGCUCGAACCACAAUAAAAGAAGAGUUGUUUUAACAAUCGCGCUAAAGACACAGUGUUACAAUGUACUGUCAUGGCACGAAAGUAUUAAGUAUCGACGCUAGUUUACUAUUUGAAUAACACUCUGAUGUAAACUUAAUUUAAUUUUUGUUCAGGUCAUUCUUUUACAUAAAAAACAAAGUUUUCAGCUAA